UCUCUCCAUAUCGAGCUCAAGUCUCCAUCAAUUAACCGAGAGAGCCGAGAACAGGACGAUAUCUGAAUCUGUCCCUCUGCUUUGCUUUCCAAACUCCACCUGCUUUUUGUUGGGUUUUUUCUUCUGUCACACAUAAACCGGAUUAAAUUACGUAUUGCACCUUUAAGAAACUGUCACCGGGAUUAGAGUUACGCGCGGAAGGGUUUUACGCACCGUCGGUUUCCAGAGCAGGGUGUCCUUCUCCCACUGUGUGUCUUUCUCUUCGCUGGUCCUGACACCGCCGGGGAGCCCUGCACGCCGCGCGACAUGGCCGAGAUGGGGAAAGGGGUCACCGCCGGAAAACUGGCCAGCAACGUCCAGAAGAGGCUCACCAGGGCGCAGGAGAAGGUCCUGCAGAAGCUCGGCAAAGCAGACGAGACCCGAGAUGCCGCCUUUGAGGAGAUGGUGGCCAACUUCAACAAGCAGAUGACAGAAGGAACCAAACUGCAGAAAGACAUGAAAGCCUACCUUGUAGCAGUGAAAACGAUGCACGAUGCGUCUCGGCGGCUUCAGGACUGUCUGGCCGAGACGUACGAACCCGACUGGUUUGGCAAAGAGGAGAUGGACACGUUGAUAGAGGACACAGACACUCUGUGGUUGGACUACCACCAGAACAUCAUGGACAAAUCUAUGACCACUCUGGACUCGUACCUGACUCAGUUUCCUGAUAUUAAGGCUCGUAUAGCCAAGCGCGACAGGAAGAUGGUGGACUUCGACAGCGCCCGGCAUCACUUCAACUCCUUACAGAAAGGAAAGAAGAAGGACGAGGCCAAGAUCGCCAAGGCAGAGGAGGAGCUGGGCCGAGCUCAGAAGAUUUUCGAGGAGCUGAACGUGGAGUUACAAGACGAGCUUCCAGUACUGUUUGACAAUCGUGUUGCCGUCUAUGUUAACGCAUUCCAGAGCCUGGCAGGUCAUCAGGAGAAGUUCCACGGGGAAAUGAGCAAGCUCAGCCAAAACCUGAACGACAUCAUGACCAAACUGGAAGAGCAGCGGGAGCUCAAAAAAGCUGGUACUGCAGAAGCAAAGACAGGAGAAGGUGCCAAGAGCGAGGAAACCAACCACAGCGAAUCGGCCAGCUCACCACCAAAGAGUGCAGUGACCAACGGCUCAGAUGACAAACUCCCUCCAGGAUUCCUCUACAAGGUAAAAGCGAUACAUGAGUAUGCUGCCACUGACGCUGAUGAGCUGGAACUGAAGAUUGGGGAUGUUGUGCUGGUUUUGGCUUUCGACAACCCAGAUGAACAGGACGACGGCUGGCUCUUGGGUGUGCAAGAGUCUCACUGGCUACAGAACAAAGAUAUUUCAGUCAAAGGCGUUUUCCCUGAGAACUUCACUCAGAAAGUUUGAGGUUCAUGCCACAAAGAUUCUUCUUCCCCUUCUGUGCCCGAAACUUCUCAGAUAUAUAGAUAGAACUGGUCACCAAAUGUGUAUUUACACACCAAAAUGUAUCCGUACAUGAUUAGAAAUGUGUGCUGAAAUGCGAGUACUUCUCAAAAGGCUAUGAUACUAAAUGUUUGUGCCGUGAUCUCAUGAUCACCAAACUAACUUAACAUUAUACCGACUCUGCACAAUCAUAAAAAAUGUUUUAGUCAAAUUGUACACCCAAAAUUUUACAUUUUUAUUCCUUAACUAUUUAUACACUGAACUCAAACGAAACACAAAACAAUGUGUUGGAUAUACUCAAAAAGGAAGAAAAAAAGUCAUGGAUGUAUUGUAUGAAUGUCAGAAUGUUUUAUGUUGUGUAUUGUCAACAGUUUGAGAACUUUUAACAGUUCCUUGCAUGACGCAUUUGAUUGUAUUGUCUUUUACCUUUGUAACACAACAAACACUGUGACACCAGCUCUACGUAUGACACGUGGCUAAGAUUGUCUGAAAAAUGCAGGUGUCCUAGAAUGGCGCCCUGGGGAACACCACAGAUAAAAAUAGGCUUUGCCUUGCAUUAUUACAGUUGCUUGGGCUUGUAGGAUUAUAAAAAGGGAACAGUAGUUUUUCAUUUAUCUUACUGGCCAUUUUGAGGACAUGACUUGGUGUGUGGCUUAAAUUUUCUAAUGCACAUUUGCUGUUAUUUAGAUUUUUGAAUUAUAUUUUCAUUUAUGGGUGAAAUACAAAACCUUAUCAAACUCAGCUGCUCAUAUUUUCCUUCAUCUUCUUUAAUUACCACUAUUUAUGACUAUUUCAUUACCACUAUAGUUUAGAUGUCAUACUUUGAGACAGGAGAUGUAUGCUAUUUAACUCUAAACAUUUCCCACCUUAAUUUGAUUCUUGAUCUUUGUGCUCCCUUGGACAGGACUAUCUAGCACUGGAUCACUAAUGUACAAGCAUAUUUUCUUUAGUGUUUUUUUCCAGUAGAAAUCAGGUUUAGGCUGCAUACUGUGAGCCAAUGGAGUCCAAAACUGCACCGCCAGCAGCUAAAUGAGAGACUGAGGCUAUAACAUUAACAUUUCUAACCAAAUAUCCUGCAGAAACCCAUGAAAAGCUAUGGAAACUGUACUUUUACAUUGUGCGGAAUUAAGGAAUCAAGUGGUAACUAAUGCACCAUCUGUUAGAUCAAGUCAGUGUCAUUAAAGAUGAAUGAAACAACA